AUGUAUGGCAGCCUGACGGGCCACAAGGGCUGGGUCACCGCCAUUGCGACCUCGCAGGAGAACCCGGACCUCCUGCUGACCGCUUCGCGUGACAAGACCAUCAUCGUUUGGCAGCUCUCGCGCGACGAGAACAACUACGGCUACCCCAAGAAGAUCCUGCACGGUCACAACCACUUCGUGUCGGACGUCGUGAUCUCGUCGGACGGCCAGUUCGCUCUCUCGGCCUCGUGGGACAAGUCGCUGCGUCUCUGGGACUUGAACACCGGCGCUACUACUCGGCGCUUUGUCGGCCACACCGGUGAUGUCAUGAGCGUCAGCUUCAGCCCCGACAACCGCCAGAUUGUGUCGGGUAGCCGUGACCGCACCAUCAAGCUGUGGAACACCCUGGGUGACUGCAAGUUCAACAUCACCGAGGACGGCCACACCGACUGGGUCAGCUGCGUGCGCUUCAGCCCCAACCCCCAGAACCCGGUCAUUGUGUCGGCUGGCUGGGACAAGGUCGUGAAGGUGUGGGAGCUCAACCGCUGCAAGCUGACCACCAACCACUUUGGCCACCAGGGCUACGUGAACACCGUCACAGUGUCGCCUGAUGGCUCGCUCUGCGCCUCGGGUGGCAAGGACGGCAUCACCAUGCUGUGGGAGCUCUCGGAUGGCAAGCACCUCUACUCGCUGGAGGCUGGUGACGUUGUUAACGCGCUUGUCUUCUCGCCCAACCGCUACUGGCUCUGCGCUGCGACGGCGUCGUGCAUCAAGAUCUUCGAUCUCGAGAGCAAGUCGAUCGUCGACGAGCUGAAGCCCGAGUUCUCUGGCCUGGGCAAGAACGCGACUGAGCCCGAGUGCCUGUCGCUGGCCUGGUCGGCGGACGGCCAGACGCUCUUCGCUGGUUACAGCGACGAUAUCGUCCGUGUCUACUCGGUGAUUUAA